AUGCUUGGAGAUGAGUCUGAGGCAUACACCGAAGAGGUGCAUACUUUGUUAAAUUUCUCACUCUCUUCAGAACAGCCACCUUGGACAAUUAGGUUUGAGCCUCUUCCCCCUUUGGCUACAUCUCCCCAACCUUCUUCUCUAAUAUCCCCUCCAAAGUUAGAGCUUAAACCUCUCCCUUCCACCCUUAAGUAUGCAUUUUUAGGGGAAGGAGAGACCUUGUCUGUUAUUAUCUCAUCCGAUCUUUCGUCCAGGCAAGAGGCUCAACUUUUGGAAGUUCUUUCUGAGUACAAGGCCGCCAUUGGUUGGUCCUUGGCUGAUCUUAAGGGUAUUGACCCUUCAGUUUGUAUGCACCAAAUCUAUUGUGAGGAGGGAGCAAAACCCUUUAGGGACCCACAGCGUCGUCUGAACCCUAAUAUAAGGGAAGUAGUGAAGAACGAAGUAGUAAAGUGGCUUGAUGCUGGCAUUAAAUACCCCAUCUCGGAUAUUCAAUGGGUCAGCCCUACACAGGUUGUCCCUAAGAAGUCUAGCAUCAUGGUUGUUCCCAACGACCAAGGUGACCUUGUCCCAACUCGUACCACUACGGGUUGGCGUGUUUGUAUUGAUUAUCAAAAACUGAACAAGGUCACCCGCAAAGACCACUUUCCUCUGCCCUUCAUUGAUCAAAUUUUAGAGAAAUUGGCUGGGCAGAGCUACUUCUAUUUUCUUGAUGAUUAUUUGGGAUACAAUCAAGUUCCUAUAUGUCCCAGUGAUCAAGAGAAAACAACCUUCACUUGCCCCUUUGGUACAUUUGCAUUCAGACGCAUGCCCUUUGGGUUGUGCAAUGCUCCGACCACCUUUCAAGGGUGCAUGGUGACCAUCAUUUUUGACAUGGUUUGCCAAUCUUUAGAGGUUUUCAUGGAUGACUUCUCUAUCUUUGGGUCAUCUUUCGAUAAGUGUCUCCACCGGUUAUCUCAGGUUCUUAAACGUCUGCUUGCAAAGGAUGUCCCUUUUAUCUUUGAUGAUAAAUGCCUUCAUGCUUUCCACACCAUUUGUGAUUCAUUGGCUAAAGCACCCAUUAUGAGGUCACCUGAUUGGUCUCUCCCCUUUGAGAUUAUGUGUGACGCGUCCAAUUAUGCUGUUGGUGCUAUUUUAGGCCAAAGGAUGAAUUACACCACUACUGAGAAGGUACUAGCAGUAGUUUUUGCCCUUGAUAAGUUUAGAUCAUAUCUUUUGGGCUUGAAAGUGAUUGUCUAUUCGGAUCACUCAGCUCUUUGGCAUCUCCUAUCCAAGCGUGAUGCUAAGCCAAGGCUCAUCCGAUGGGCUCUCCUCCUUCAAGAGUUUGACCUGGAGAUCAGGGAUAAAAAGGGGGCCAUCAUUAGUGAUGGUGGCUAUCAUUUUAGACAUUGGAGGUUAGAGGCUUUACUGAAGAAGUACUCUAUUACCCACAAAGUGGCCACCCCUUAUCAUCCCCAGACAUCUGGUCAGGUGGAGGUAUCAAACCGAGGGAUGAAACAGAUAUUGGAGAAGACAAUUAGACCAGACCGUAAGGACUGGUCUACUCGGCUGACUGAUGCUUUGUGGCCUUACCAAACUGCAUAUAUAACUCCUAUAGGUAUGUCUCCAUACCGAUUAGUUUUUGAUAGAGCCUGUCAUCUUUCGGUUGAGUUGAAACACCGAGCAUAUUGGGCCAUAAAAACAUUUAAUUUUGAUAUGACUCAAGCUGGUUCCUCUCACCAUCUCCAGCUAUCAGAAUUGGAGGAUUUGCGCAAUGAUGCCUAUGAGAGCUCACGCAUCUAUAAGGAUCAAACUAAGGCGUUUCAGGAUAAACACAUAGUUCGGAAGUCCUUUGAGCCUAAUCAGCGUGUUUGGCUCUUUAAUUCUAAAUUGCGUUUAUUCCCACGAAAAUUGAGAUCUCGGUGGGAUUGGCCGUUUGUGGUUGUAUCUGUUGCACGUCAUGGUGCUAUUGAGAUAAGAAAUCCACAGAAUGGGAACACUUUUAAGGUUAACGGUCAAAGACUGAAACCCUAUGUUGAUGCCUUGCUGAUGGCCAAUUAA